UGGCCUGUUUUUAUUAUUCACUGAAGUGGAAUAAAUUAUGUCACUUAACAAUGGGAUUUCGUUACGAGCUUUUCCAUAGCUUGAUCAAUGGAAAAUUCAUUGCAUAAGCCGUAAAUAAAAAAUCUAAGGCGGAAGUUAUUAUGGGUGUAAAUCUGAGACAAUUGUUUUCGAGAUUGUCUACUUGUUUGUAAUCCGUAGGAAUCUCAAAUAGCAGAGCAUUUCUAGACCCCGAGCAGGUGCACUUUGGACUUUCGUAAAGCCGCAGUGAUAGCAUUGGGAAAAAUGUCGACCAGACGAAAGCUUGGAUAUUAUAUUUCACUUGUGGUUGUUUUUCUUUUACUUGCUAGACUGUGUUUUCCAUUAGUCGUAUUCCUUCAAGAGAAUUUGUCCACUGGGAGUUUGUUAUGUGCACUUUGUUUAGGUUUGGCUUUCAUUUUCUUUCCCGUGUCUUCGGGUACAGUUUCACCACAGGAUAAGGCAGUUCUGAUUACAGGCUGUGACAGCGGUUUUGGCCACAGUUUGGCUCUGAAUUUGGCCAAAAGAGGAUUCACUGUUUUUGCUGGUUGUUUGUUUUCGGAUCGUGAGGGUGCACGUAGUUUGAAAGAAAGUUCCAAUAACAUACACGUGGUGCAACUGGACGUUACAGAUGAUUGGCAAGUCCAAAAAGCCGUGCAGACCGUCAAAGAAAAUCUAAACGGGAAAAUUUUAUGGUCACUGGUUAACAACGCUGGAAUAGCAACAUUUCAGGAGAUAGAAUGGUGCUCAGUUAUGCAGUUUCAGCAAAUAAUGGAUGUCAACGUCAUUGGCGUUGUCCGGGUUACCAAAGCGUUUUUGCCGCUUCUUCGCGAUGGAGAGGGGCGGGUUAUUAACGUAGCAAGUCUGGCUGGUCGUUUAACUGUACCGGCCUUCGCUGCAUACUCAAUGUCAAAGAAGGCCUGCAUAGCCUUUUCAGAUGGAUUACGACAGGAAAUGGCUAAAUUUGGUGUCAAGGUCAUCACUAUAGAACCCGGAUUGUACAGGACGCCCAUUGUUGAAUCGGAUUACCUUAUCAACGCCAACCGGAAGUCAUGGGCUGAAACUCCAUCCGAGGUCAAGGAGGUGUAUGGAGAGGAAUACUUUGAUGCAUUCUGUAAAAGUAUCUCUACGCACAUGAGUCGAGCACGUAGUAGUGUUGGGGAAGUCGUUAAACAAAUGGAAGAGGCUGUCACAUCAGCCAAUCCAAAGCAUCGUUAUGUUCCAUAUUGGAUGUCAAACUUAAGGGCCAGCAUAUUGGGAAUUUUGUCAGAUGAAACUAGGGACAAGUUCUUCCUGAAUGCAUAUAAACUACCCACAAAACCGGCACAGACACCUAAAAGCCUAUCAAGGCAAAACUCGGCAUCACCCACACUUAAUCUAACCCUGAAAAAUGUUUUUAGACAAAAUUCAGAGAAGUCAUGAAGACUUUAUGAACAAUAUUGUUUAAAGGUGUUCCACAUUUUAAACAAACACUCUUUUUUACUCUGUUGAUAAGUUUCAGUUCAGGAGUUAUUUACAUUAAGACACAUAUCUUUCAUAUAUCUCGGUGGUUGUGACGUAAGAUUUGAAGUCAACAUUAUAUAAUUUUUAGUGAUCAUGUUUGAAAACAGUAGUGUGCUAGCUAGAUUUUAGGCACGAUAUUUUUCAUUUUUGUAAUACCGGUUUUAUUUUUCAUUUUUGUAAUACCGGUUUUUUUAUUGUGAAUUAUAUAUUUUAGCU